GCAGGUGGGUAACAAUAAAGGAGCAAAAAAGGAAAAGAAAAAAAAUAUAAACUGAAAAAAGAAAAGCCCCAAAAUAUGGAGGAUGAAAAAGAAAGCAACCGUCAAGACUCGCCGGCGGCUGGUGGUAGUGGUUCUGGUAGCGGUGGUGAUGAGUUGGAGCUUAUUGUGGCUGAGUCGGAGCUUGGUGGCGGUGGGGGCAGUGGUGUUGGGGGUGGUGGUGGGAGUAGUAGUAAUAAUAAUAAUACAAGAGUGAAAGGGCCGUGGUCACCGGAGGAAGACGCGGUGUUGAGUCGGUUGGUGGCGAAGUUCGGGGCGAGGAAUUGGAGUUUGAUCGCCCGAGGAAUUCCAGGUCGGUCUGGGAAAUCGUGUCGGCUUCGUUGGUGUAACCAGCUUGACCCUUGCCUUAAGCGCAAGCCUUUUACUGAUGAAGAGGAUCGUAUCAUAAUUUCGGCUCAUGCAAUCCAUGGCAACAAAUGGGCUUCGAUAGCAAAGCUCCUUCCAGGUAGAACUGAUAAUGCUAUUAAGAACCAUUGGAACUCUACGUUAAGACGUCGAUGCAUGGAGCUAGGUAGGUUUAAGCCUGGACCAGCUGAUACGAUGGAAGAUGGAAGCUUUGAGAGAACAAAAGCUUCCUCGGAAGAAACACUUUCGGUCGGAGAUGUAAACCACUUCAAACAUCUUGAAGGAAGAGAUAUGGUGAUGGACGAUAGACCGAACUUACAAGAAGACAAACCUCCGAUACAAGAGGAUCAGUUUGCCAUUGAACCGAAAAACCAUCCUGCCGUUUGUCGUCCAGUUGCACGUGUUAGUGCAUUCAGCCGUUAUAACACUCCUAGCAGUUCUAAAACUGAAUCUGGAAUGACAAGUAGAAUCCCGGUGCAAGGGCCUCUGGCUCAAUCAUCCAGGCCAGACUGGGGAGUUGGAAAAAUCCUAGAAGAUCUUCGUUGUGAACCCAUCAUUCCAUUGCGAUGUGGUUUUGGUUGCUGUUCAACUCCUUGUGGGGGUCAUUCCCGUACUUCAUUGUUAGGGCCUGAGUUCGUUGACUAUGAGGAGCCCCAUGUUUUUUCAAGUCACGAACUAAUCUCCAUAGCAACCGAUUUGAACAAUAUCGCAUGGAUAAAAAGUGGUCUCGAGAACAGUUGCGUUAGGAUCCCGAGCAAUGCAACAAGCCAGAGAAUGUCUCAAGGAUCGGAUAUACACACAAAGAGUGACCCUAUGUGUUUCACCGAUGGACAGAGCAAGUUGACCGGAAUGUCAACGGAAGUUCUACCGACACAAACAUGUACAAUGCGAUCUGAAGUCGAGGGUUUGAGCUAAAGAUGAUGAAGAAUCAGUAUAUAUAAAAGAGUGACCAUAUUGCUCUUAAAUUUUUUUUUGACCUAUGGUUUUUUAUAUUGGAGGGUAUAGAAUGAUAUAUUGCUGAGUUGUUUUUAUAUAUAUAUAUUACAGUAUGCAAAACUCCAUAUUUGAUCUCUUCUGAUAAAGAGAUCAUAAAUUUUGGUUUUAGGUGAAGAUAUGUAAAAUAUGUUGCUCAAUAAUUAACCUAAUGUUUGCAUUUUUCUUA